AUGCGACCUCUAGUCACCUGUGAAAAACCAGCCUUUCAUCGUCUCAUUAAAGGACUAACAGGAAUUACAGAUACAGCUUUACUUCCAAACCGUAGAAGUUUAUCUAAAGAGCUAAAACUUAAGUAUAAUAACUAUGUAUCAAUGUUAACUAGUUUAAUUGAUAAACAAAAUUACAUAUGUUGCAGAAGAAUUAAAGGCAGCCACAACUUUUUAAAUAUUGCUGAUGUCAUAAAUGAAAUCUGUGAAACUUAUCAAACAAACAAUUCUAAAAUCAGUUAUAUUAUCACUGACAAUGUAAGUAACUUCGGAAAAGCUUUUCGUACCUUUUCAAGUGUUUCUACCACUUCAUCUGAUUAUUCUGAUUGCAACCAUCUAGGUGACUUUAAUAGUGACACUGAAAAUAAUAAUAACUCUGAUAGUGUUGAGUAUAUUAAUGUUGGUGAUUUGCUUUCUGAGUCAAAUAAUUUAAGUAACCCGGAAUAUAACAAUAUUUGUUUGCCCAAUCAUUUAACUUGUUGCGCACAUACACUGAAUUUAAUAUCUACUACAGAUAUUGGAAAAAUUAAGGAUACAAAUUAUUUAAAAAUUUCUAAAAUUACUUUUAAUAAAUUGAAUUCGUUUUGGAAUCUACUUAGUAGGAGCACUGUGGCCUCGGACAAAGUGUUUGAUCAUUGUAAGGUUAAAUUCCCUGUCCCAAUAAUUACUAGAUGGAACUCUAUGUUUAUUGCAGUAAAAAAAAUAUUUGCUUUUAAAGAAAAACUUAUUAUUGUGUUUGAAGAGUUGAAUUUAGUUAAAUUAAAAACGGCAGAAUGGAUAUUUUUAGAAGAAUAUUCUAAAAUAAUGGAGCCAUUAGCAGUUGCUUUAGAUAAACUACAAGGUGAAAAACGCAGUAUUCUUGGAUAUGUUGCUGCAACUAUUAUUGUUUUAAGACGUUUAUUAAUUCAAUCAACACACUUGCAGUAUUGUAAGCCUUUAAGUUUAUGUUUAAUUUCUAGCCUCGAAAAAAGGUUUGAUUAUUUGUUUAAUUUAAGUAUUCCGAAAAGCAAAGAUUUCAUUAUAGCUACUAUGAGUCAUCCAAAAUUCAAGGGGAGUUGGGUUCCAGUUAGAUAUAUUGAUUUAUGCAAACAAUUAUUCAUGAAUGAAUUAUUUUUUAAAUUUAAUACUUCAAUACCAUCUUCUGCGCCUGUUGAAAGGCUCUUUAGUGGGGCUAUUCAGGUCUUAACUCCAAGGCGUAAUCGCCUUGAAGAUAAAAAUCUUGAGAUGCUUCUUUGCUGCAAAUGUUUAAUGCAACAAGAACAAUUUUAA